UGCAGGAUGUGCCUUGUUAACAAUAUGUUUGCAGGCAGUAUGCUUGGUAAAAGUCAUCGCCAUUCUCCCUUCUCGAUUAACCAGGGACACAGUGCACUGCAGAAAGCUGCAGGGACCUCUGCCAGAGAAAGCCUGGGUAUUGUCCAAGGUUUCCCCCUACUGAUUCAGCCUGAGAUAUGGCCUCGUGGGAAAGGAAAGACCUUACAUCCCCCAGCCAGACACCUGUAAAGGGUCUGUGCUGAGGAGGAGUAGUGAAAGAGGGAGGCUUCUGUCUCCUGCUCAUCUCUGGGAAUGGAAUGUCAUGGUGUAAAGCUGACCAUUCCCAUUCGUUGUAUUCUGAGAUAGGAGAAAACUGCCCUGUGGCUAGAAGCGAGAUAUGCUGGCAACAAUACUGCUUUGUUGCUCUUUGCUACACUGAGGUGUUUGUGUAAAGUGAAACUUAAAUCUGGCCUAUGUGCACAUCCACCCACAGUACCUUUCCUUGAACUUAUUCAUGAUACAGAUUCCUUUGCUCACAUGUUUCCCUGCUGAACUUCUCCCCACCAUCACCCUGUUGCCCUGCCACACUCCCCUCGCCAAGAGAGUAAAAAUCAUGAUCCAUAAAUACUGAGGGAACUCAGAGACUAGCGCUUCUGCAGGUCCUUGCAUGCUGAAUGUACCGGUCCCCUGGGCCCACUAUACUUUAUACUUUUUCUCUGUGUCUUACUUCUUUUCUCAGUCUCUCGUCUCCACCUGAUGAGAAUAUACCCACAGGUAUGGAGGGGCAGGCCCCCUUCAACAGGAUUUUGCUUUGUUGCUCAGGCUAAUUUCUAACUCCUGGCCUCAAAUGAUCCUUCUGACUUGGCCUCCCAAACUGGUGGAAUUACAGGCAGGAGCCACCAUACCAGUCAGGAUGCACAUCUUAAGGAUAUUCCUGAGGUGGAGCUGGGCUUUUCCUGCAGAAGCGCCUCUGGGAAGUGCGCCCUUUACCCUCCUUGUUACCUAGGGAACUACAUUACCCAGAAAACUCCGCAUAGAAUGACAGCGUGGAAGAGCCAUGAGGGCUCAGAAUAAAAGCGUUACGUGUGUGCACGUGACAAUGGGGCCGGACUUCCGGCGCCCUCUAGUGGCGGCCAUUUUGAUUGGUGUUGGGUUUAUUUGUCGGAGAGACUCCUGAGAGGUCUGCACUGCGGUGACUGAACCCAGAAGGCGGAGAGCAGUUGUCCUCCGCUGCACAGAGGCGACUCUGGAGCUCUGUGACGGCGCCCAGCAUGACCCUCCCCUGGGCCAGGAUAGGGACCGUUGUGCCCAUAUCUCCUGGCUGGUCUCCUUCUCCCGACCCUGCUUAAAACCACGUGGUUCGAUGGCCGCGGCGGCCACGCUGAGGCUCUCCCCUCAGGGCACAGUGACUUUUGAAGACGUGGCCGUGAACUUUACCCAGGAGGAAUGGAAUCUCCUUAGUGAGGCUCAGAGAUGCCUGUACCGUGAUGUGACCCUGGAGAACCUGGCACUUAUGUCCUCCCUGGGUUGUUGGUGUGGAGUGGAAGAUGAGGCGGCACCUUCUAAGCAGAAUAUUUAUAUACAAAGAGAGACUCAGGUCAGGACUCCUAUGGCAGGUGUGUCUCCCAAGAAGGCCCCCCACUGUGAGAUGUGUGGCCCCAUCUUGGGAGACAUUUUGCAUGUGGCAGAUCAUCAGGGAACACAUCACAAGCAGAAACUGCACAGGUGUGAGUCCUGGGGGAAUAAAUUGUAUGACAGUGGAAACUUUCAUCAGCCCCAGAAUGAGUACAUUGGUGAGAAGCCCUACAGAGGCAGUGUUGAGGAGGCAUUGUUUGUGAAGAGGUGUAAGUUCCAUGUGUCAGGGGAGUCAUCUGUCUUCAGUCAGAGUGGGAAGGACUUUUUGCCCAGGUCAGGAUUACUCCAGCAGGAGGCCAGUCACACUGGGGAGAAGUCAAAGAGCAAAACUGAGUGUGUGUCUCCCAUUCAGUGGGGGGGAGCUCACUAUAGCCGUGGAGAAUCCAUGAAACAUUUUAGCACCAAACAUAUCCUCAGUCAGCACCAGAGACUUCUCCCUAGAGAAGAAUGUUAUGUGUGCUGUGAAUGUGGGAAAUCCUUUAGCAAAUAUGUUAGCUUCAGUAAUCAUCAGAGAGUUCACACUGUGAAAAGACCUUAUGAAUGUGGAGAAUGUGGGAAAUCCUUUAGCAAAUAUGCUAGCUUCAGUAAUCAUCAGAGAGUUCACACUGAAAAAAAACAUUAUGAAUGUGGUGAAUGUGGGAAAUCCUUUAGCAAAUAUGUUAGCUUCAGUAAUCAUCAGAGAGUUCACACUGUGAAAAGAUCUUAUGAAUGUGGAGAAUGUGGGAAAUCUUUUAGCAAAUAUGCUAGCUUCAGUAAUCAUCAGAGAGUUCACACUGACAAAAAACAUUAUGAAUGUGGUGAAUGUGGGAAAUCCUUUAGCAAAUAUGCUAGCUUCAGUAAUCAUCAGAGAGUUCACAGUGAAAAAAGACCUUAUGAAUGUGGAGAAUGUGAGAAAUCCUUUAGUCGAAAGAGCAGCCUCAUUCAACAUCAGCGAUUUCACACUGGAGAAAAACCUUAUGGGUGUGAAGAAUGUGGGAAAUCUUUUAGCUUAGAAGGAUAUCUUAGGCGCCAUCAACAAGUUCACGCUGGAGAAGGACCUUACACGUGUGGAGAAUGUGGGAAAUCUUUUAGUUCAAACGUGAACCUUAAGAGCCAUCAGCGCAUUCACACUGGAGAGAGACCUUACAAGUGUGGAGAAUGUGGGAAAUCUUUUAGUCGGAAGCCCAGCCUUGGUUACCAUCAGCGCAUUCACACUGAAGUAAGACCUUACAAGUGUGGAGAAUGUGGGAAAUCUUAUAUUUCAAAGGGGCACCUUAGGAUCCAUCAACGCAUGCACACUGGAGAAAGACCUUACGAGUGUGGAGACUGUGGGAAAUCUUUUAAUGAAAAAGGACACCUUAGGAGUCAUCAGCGAGUUCACACUACAGAAAGACCUUAUAAGUGUGGGGAAUGUGGGAAAUGUUUUAGUCACAAGGGUAACCUAAGUUUACACCAGGAUGGCCAUACUAGAAAAAGGCCUUAUAUGUGUUGGGAAUGUGGAAAAUUGUUUAAGAAGAAGUCUCACCUCUUUGUACACCAGAGAAUUCACAGUGGAGAAAAGCCAUAUGCAUGUGAGGCUUGUCAGAAAUUUUUUAGGCACAAGUGCCACCUCACUGCACACCAGAGAGUUCACACUGGAGAAAGGCCAUAUGAAUGCAAUGAUUGUGGGAAGUCAUUUACCCACAGCUGUGCAUUCAUUGUUCAUAAGAGAGUUCACACUGGUCAGAAGCCUUAUGAGUGCAGUGAAUGUGGGAAAUCUUUUGCUGCAAGCUCCUAUCUCACUAGUCACAGGAGAGUUCAUACUGGUCAGAAGCCUUAUGAGUGCAAUGAAUGUGGGAAAUGUGUUGCUGGAAUCGCCAAUCUCACUAAUCACAAGAGAGUUCACACUGGAGAAAAGCCUUAUGGGUGUAGUGAAUGUGAAAAAAAAUUUAGGAAAAGCUCUUCACUUCAUUACCAUCAGAGAGUUCAUGAAAGAAAGGCCUUAUGAGUGCAGUGAAUGAGUCCAGUCUCAUUAAAUACAGGAGAGCACACACCUGAGUAAGAUCCCGUGAUUGCAGCAAAUGUGGAAAAUGUUUACCCGAAAGUCUGCUCUCCUUGGACAUUGGAGAGUUCACACCAGAGAAAAGUCCUUACAAGUAAAAUAAAUUGGGCAGUUUUGUAGCCACACUUCUGUAUUCCUUCAGGAUUAUAUUUAACACUGAAUGAAGACCUUACUAGUGUGGGAAAUAUAGGAUAUUUAUCCAGAAGUCUGGCUUCAAAACUCACAGGAGAGUUGUCACUAUGGAUAUGCCUUUUGAGUGUAAUGUUUGCAAAAAAGCGUCGUGCCUUCUCUCGUUGAAUCCUAGAACACUGAGAUGAGAAAAACACUGUAGAUGUAUAGGUUAGAUGUAUAGGGAAUGUUAUUAUUUUUUCCUUUUUUGGAGAGAUGGUCUCACUCCAUCACCCAUG